CGACGAGGCUGAUUUUCCUGGUGCGCUGUUGCGUCAACGACAGUUGUUGAGCAUGACGGGUAGCUCUGGAGCUUGUUUAGCUACUUUAGUUAGCUGCUUGUAGCGUGGAGUCAUUCACUAGUUUUUGGAACCUUAGUGUUGUUAGCAUUUCAAAUGGAUAUGAUUGUCAACAUAAGCUGUGAAUAGGAAGCGUCUCUAAGCUGUUAGUUGUUUUAACAUUUUAAAAACCAGGCUAACCUUCACCUGUUUGGAUACUAAGGACAUUCAGAAUACCACCGCUGGACAAAAGGUAGUAUUUGUAAAAGAUCCAGAUGGCACGAAAUGCACAAAAAUUCCGUAAUGAAGACACUAACCCAUGCAUUGACGAAAGUAAGAACUCACAGAAAUGUUUGGAUGCCUACAACUAUGAUAAAAGCUUGUGUUCAGCCUACUUCCAGAGAUAUAAGAACUGUAGGAAAUACUGGCAUAACAUAAUGAUGCAGAGAAAAAGAGAUGGUAUAAAACCCGACAUGCCCACUGCUGCAGAGAGGCAGGAGAUGAUCGCUGCCAUUGGAAGAACACCAUACUGAGUGUCAGCAGGGUCAACACAAAGACACUUUGAAAACACAGGAAAGCUCAUGAAUUUAAAGACAGGCUAACACAUUUUCAAGCUCAGGUUAUGCUGACCUGACCUUUGGGAACUGGAAACAAAAUUGGUGAUUGAUUAUAAAUGUUUUUUACCUAUAGGAUAUGUGAAAACCUGUGAAAAAGCAAAAUAAAACAAAGCAUUUUGAUCUUG